AUGUCGUCAAUUGGGAAAAUCAAUGGUGCCCUAAACUCCUUCACGGUUGAGAACACUGCCGCACUUGUCAACGUCAAUCUUGAUCUCACGCUGUUUCGGUGCGAGCCAUCGGCUGAGUUCAAGCCUGUGGGUUCUGCGUUAACCAUAAGAAGAAAAAAAGAGGCCGAGACUGGACAAACCCAUAAAACAGCCUGCAAGCUGGGGUUUCUUCUGAAUGAUAUCAUUCCAGACACACCAUUGUUGCGCAAGGCCUACGGCAACCGUGUGAGCGAGAUUCUAUCUAGACCAGAUAUUAACCCCCGCGGGACCGAUAACGAUGGUCCAUUUCAACCUUUCAUAGGCGCUGAUUGCACAAGCAUUUGGGCCGCUGCAACAUCAGGAGACGCUGCAAUCGGUGUUCUCCUUCUUACCUGUAUGCUGGCUCAUGCCUUUGACGCGAAGAAAGCAGUCUCUAUCUGGUCUGAACUUAUAGACCAACGCAAACGCAAUAUCCAGCUCCUUCUCGAGACUGGGAAGAUGUUGAACCCAAACACAGUCGUCGCAUCCAACCAGGACAUUACCAGGGCUGAAAUCAGGACGUGGGAUGCGAGUGCCCGGUCCUGGCUACGCAGAGCUGACCUUGCAAUGACCUCGCAAAAGACAAGGUUCACCCUUAUUGCGGAGAACAUAGCAAUCCCUUACCCUGGGGGAAGUUCGAUGUUCGAAAAAGUCACGACAACCUGGAUAAGGGCUAUGGAGGUAUUUGAGAAACUACUUGCCAAUAGCCCCCAGCAAGCUUGUGAUCGGUCAAUCAUUUCCGGAAUCUACGCUUGGCAUCUGUAUCCGGACCUUCUGGUCUUUCAAAAAGAAGCCAAGAAAGUUCCUUUCAACGAUACCCUUAUUCCGAACUCUGCAGUUUUAAGUUUGGGACUUGAGUACAAAGGCACACCGUCCGAUAGCUUUAUCCGCUGGUCUUUAGCGUUGUCUCACCUGAGGUACUAUGGUGAUCCUGUCCAGGUCAAGAGCAAUGAUGCAUUCACCCGGAUACGUAUGCCAGAUAUGUGGCUUCUUGCGCUAGGGUCAUUACUUGGUAGUUGGGCCGUGCCGUACACAAGCCUGAGUGUCGGAAUGGCAUGGUUUGAACAACUUGGGCAUAGGUUGCGUGAGACUACUCAGUCCAAUCGGAUCGAACUGACCUGGCUGUUGCGAAUCUGUGACGCCGUCACUGACCUAUCUCCUGAGCAACGCGAUACUGCUGAGAGACUUGUCAAGUACGGUUGCAGACGAGGCGGUAGUCUGUUGGGUAUUGAGGGGUCAGUGCCUACUCAGAUAGCCUUCUUUGGUCUAUGCAGUCCAGCAUUCUUAUGUGCUAUGAGCCAGGAGGACGAAAUCGAGGUUGGAAUAGAAUGGCUUCGAAACGUCUCCGUUCAAGCGGGUAUCGAAGUCCAAGACGUGGUAAUUUCGCACUCAAAGAGGAUUGGGUCAUAUGACUAUACCGAAUGGAUUACGACUCAACCUGUCCACCUUCAGCUAGGGGGAAAUGAGACCAGCCAAGACAUGAAGAACAAUGGACAAGUCAGCUAUAUGAGGUGGGUUCAUUGCCCAGUUGACGGUAACGACCAUGCGACACGUUCAAUGCUGGAAGAAAGGAUUAGAGCCAUCAGGGAACGGGGAGAAGCCUGCGAGCUUAUUACUCACUAUAGGGGCUUUCUCCACAGUCACCCUUACCAUGAGAAUUUUGUACGCACUUGGCAUGAGCCACCGCAAAUCUUCAAGUUAUAUGAUUCUCAAGAAGCGGAAGAGCAGGAAGACUUCAUAGAUUAUCUCGGUGGGCACAACAGAGGCUACGGUGGGUUUAACCUCCGAAUCAGAACCAAGAGGAAAGGUGGGCGUCAGUGGUUUAGUAUCCUUCGAGAAGCUAUUAGACGCCACUAUGACAUACAAAGAGGGUUGCAAUGGAUAUCGGAUUCGACAAGGUCAGACAAAGUCGUAAGAUAUCUACUCUCCUAUCUCUGUAAUCAGGCUGCGUCAGGUCCAGAACGAAGGCUCAAGCGUAAACGAAAAGGGACGAACUCAUCAGAGGUACAACUACGACAUAACCGAUUCCAGAGCUAUUUCGAUGUUAUGACCAAUCUCCUCCCAAAAUCAUCCGAGAUGGUAGUUGGGAUGCGAACCUUGGAAGUCGCCCACAAACUAUACGAAACGCUUCCAGGAGCCACUGUCUCUUUGCGCGUCAUCGAACAAAACCUACUCAAGGCACACUGGCUCCCAUCUUCCAUCAAAACGAUAUUGGGCCUGAUGUCGACUAACUCACGAAUGGAUGGGUACGAAAAGAUAGUUUCCACUCCAGUUGAAGAGCAUAUGAAAGAUAUGACCCGCCAGGACUCAUUCGCAUGCGUUGCCAUGUUCGAAUCAGGCCACCUCAAUAUCGACCCGGCGCGCUUAACAGAAGUCAUCGCCCUGUGCUAUGAAAACUCAAUAUUCGUUGCCGAGAUAUUACUUCGCGAUCCCAGUGUGGAUACAUCGUCACUCGGUCUCGCUCACAUGGUUGGUAAUGUAGGAAAUGCUGGUAUGGUAUUUAUGGUCUCGCCCAUCGAACCUCGAGUGCGUCCAGCCCAACAUGACCCGUCACUGAUCGAUCACCUCAAGUACGACAACAGUGUCGUGGACAUGCUCAGAGGAACUUCUCUUCACCUAUCAUUCACAACAUGGAAGAUGCCGCUUGACUGGGAAACGACAGGCGAGAUAGACCAAGAGGUCUUCCUGCUCGAGUCAGUCGUAUCGGUACAGGAUAAGGGAGCAUGGGUGGCAGAUAUCGAUGUUCUGGAGAGGGAAAGAGAAGGCAUUGAUAUUCUCACGUUCACAUGUGGCUGUUCAGAUCCCCAUUUCCCUGCUGAUGCCGAUGCUGUUUCGCUUGACACAUGGGAGGAGCUUCUUGAUCCUCCUCCUUGUGUGGGAAUAUUCAGAGCCAAAGACAACUGGGCGGCUCGUCUUGCAGCGGUCUCUAUCUUGAUCCAACAAGGACGACAACACGUUGCAGCCAUCGUUGACGGUGAUAGAGUCUGUUGGCGUUGUUUGAAAGAAACGUAUGCUGAACCGGAACCGCAUUUUCCUCAAGUUUUGAUUUAUUGA